AGUUGUUGGACAUCGUACGUCGUACCUUAAACUUGGGGUUCUUCGUACAUUUUUGCGUUCGUUAAUGCGAUAGUGCGCUACAUUUCUGCCGAAGUUGUCCUUAUUGCUUUUUGAUAAGUCACAUUCAGUGAGUUUCACAUUCAAUUAUUGAAAUGAUUACCAUCAACAUUUCCACAACCUUUUCAUGUUAACACACUUGGAAGAGUAUGAAAAUCGAUAAACAAUUAGAUCAACAUCUAACAGUUAUCCUCUUAAACUAGCUACUGAACGAUUAAAUAACAUAAUUUUACGUUCUGCACUUCCGGCAUAUUCUGCUUUACAGUAGUAAUGUCACAAGGAUACUUUGUUGUCUCGGUGAGACUAUUAGAAGACGAAAAAAUGGAAGAAAUAAACGUGCCGGAAGAUGCCUCUGGAAAAUGGCUUUUUGAAGAAAUCUGUUGUCAACAAGGAGUGAUGCAGGAACGUGAAUAUUUCGGCCUUCGUUACCUGGAACAUGAAAUGCUUUCGUCUCCAACAAAGCGUUGGAUCGACCUUACGAGAAAUUUGUCAUCACAACUCAAGCACACUUAUCCUCGUCAAGUAAGCUUUCGUGUUAAGCAUUACCCAGCUGACCCGAUUGUUGAUUUGAGGUUACCUAAAUCCCACUACCUCCUCUAUCAUCAAUUGCGUCGUGAUUUAAUAAGUGGGAGAUUAGUUGUACAGACUGAUGUCCUAGUCCGACUUGCUGCACUUGUAGUUCAAGUGGAACUUGGAGACAUUUCAGCGCAGGAACCGCUUGAGACAUCCGUAAAGAAUGACAAACAUCAAUAUUUACGUGAAUUUCGUGUGCUGCACAAUCAGACUGAACGCCUUGAAUCGCUUAUCAUAAAAGAACAUGAAAAACUGGAGAAUUUUUUACCUUCUGAAGCUGCUAGUGAAUUGAUACACCUUGCCAGCAGUCUGGAUACAUAUGGUAUUGACCCGAUUCGUGUUAAGACUAAAGCUUAUGGCUCACGACACAUACAUUUGGGUCUUACUCAUCAAGGUGUAGCUGAAUUUAUAGGCAACCGGCGCCAAAAGUUAUAUCCAUGGUCAGCUAUCUCUUGGAUGACUUGUAAUGGCAGAGAUUUUGUUGUUGCAACUUCAUAUCAGCAUCCUGGACGAAAGAAAAAGUGCAUCUGUUGUUGUUGUUGUAUGCAAGAUUUCUUUUGUCAUCAUAAAAUAAUUGCUUACACUAAACAAUAACAACUAUUCAUUAUAAAUGCGAUAAUAAGUCUGUUGCACAAGCUUUAUGGGAAUGGGCAUCAGAUCGACAAUUGUUUUUCACUUUAGAUAAAUCUUCAUCUGUCAAACCGGUUAAAUCGAAGAAAACACUGUUCCAACGAACAAGAACCUUUACAUUCUCUGGCCGAUGUCGUCGUGAAGUUAUUGGAAGACCACUGUUAACCACUAGUUUACCCACUGAUAUAUGUGGAAUUUCUGUAGCUGAAGAAAAUCUUUCUUUUAAUAAUCCAACUUCAAGUAAUGCAUAUAGUCUAAGUAUGGGUGCUCUCACAAAUGGUACUGGUCGUAGUACGAAUACACAUAUUGAAGAUGGUGAAUCAACUCAGACUGCUCCAGCUACUACAACUUCAGGAUUAUUAUCAAUAUCAUCAACAUCGUUAGGCUAUUCACGAGCUCCUGCAUUAUCAGAGCCUUCAGUAGCACGUAAUAUCACUAAUAAUUCAAUAGAGGAAAGUAUUGAAAAUCAAGUCAGUUCACACAAUCUCUCAGGUCCCUUUGUUGUUAAUUCAAAUCAAUUGGUUCCACUUUUUACUAAUCUACCUAAACAUCGUUUCAGUACAGAAGCUAAAAGAAGGCAACGUGAAAUUUUGAAGCAACAGUCGAAAUAUGGAUUAUAUCAACAAAAUCAUUCAGAUAUAUUCGAUACUGAUGAUGAAUGUGACAAUGAUGAUACAUCAUCAGAAGCUGCAGUGGAAGCUCUGAAUUCUGCUGCCAAAGCUGGAGAAGCAUGGUUAACCGAUGAGUUAGGACAGGUAAGGUAAAAAUAAAACAUCUAAAUAUUUCUUGCAUCUUUUAAUGUGAUUCAUAAACAUUAGUGUUUAUUGCACUUGUAAUAGUAACUACACGUAAGAUUUUGUCUACAAUAAAUUAUAACUACGAAAAUGCGUUUACUGGGCUUAGUUCAACACAAAAAGUUCGUACGGUCUAAUUAUACUUCACUGAUUACUUUCAGCUAUUUUUAAAAAUAAUCAGUUUCCAUUUAAUCAGAGUACAAGUAAUAUAUUAUGAUAAAUUUGACUGAAUGCUUGAAUCGGUUUCCUAAGCCCUUCUAAUAACCCCAAACUAACUCCACACGUCAACUUGAACACAUGAGAAAAAAACUCGAAAUUUGGGAAGAACGCCUUACUCCAAGGUUAGUUUAUGUACAGAAAAUUGGGUGUAUUUAGCAGGAUAGGUAAACAUACAAUCAGAAAUGCGACACACAACUCUUCACUUCCUAGAUGUUUCUGAGAAACUUCUCAGUGGUGAUUGGAUAGAAUGUUUGCCAGCGUUUUUAGGGCCCCUUUGUUUUUUUACAGGAACUUUCUGGGUCUACCCAACAUAUUUAAAUAAAUCGAAAAGAAUCUGAUUUGAGGAAUAACAUGAAUUCAUCAUAGUUCAAGACUUAUUAUUAGCUGCAAACGGCAUAAAGUUGCAUUCAGUUACUUUAUCAUAAAAACAGUUUUUUCCACACGGUGAUUAAUAAGGGUGAGUUCAAAACGACCAAUAAAACACACAUAAAUAUGAAUAGGAAACAACAUAUUUAACAUAAUGGUGAGGAUCGAUUUCAAGUAUUUAUAUGUUGGAUAUAAAGUCAUAUAAAGAAGGGGAUAAUAUCUACCAACGAGAGCUCAGGUUAUUUACUUUUAGUUCGUUGUUAUGUCUUGAUUCCUUCUUUAUAGAAUAAGGUCAAUGACAUUUUUCUAAUAAAUAUUUCUUCAGUGACCUUUUCUAUCAUCUGAUUGGCUGUUGUCACUUCUAAUUUGCUAAUUUUGUUACAUCCCCAGGUCAUUGAGUGUUGUUAUAUAAACUGAGUUGUUCCACUUCAAUGAUCAAAAACAAAGCUUUCCUAGAUUAUUAGUGUUGAAAUGCUAUUGUGUACCACAUUAUGUUUAAUCGAAUCCUCCAUUAAACUCAUUCGUUUUAGAAUUAGUUCAGUCGUUCUGUAAUUAGUAGUAACCACAGACUCAAUCAAAAAUCCGAUUCGUAGCCAUUUUAUUCAGAUGUAACAAUGUCAUAGAUAAUGAUAAACAGACAAAAUCAAAAACUAUAUUUUUCAAUAAAUGUGAGGUAAUAAGGCUACGUAGGUAAUAUAAAAUUAAAAUUAGCGUCGUGAAACAACAUCAGCGAGAUUCGUUUAAUUAUAGAAUACAGCGAUUAGUUUAUGUAAUUUACAAACGUUAAAACAAUAUCAUUAUUUUAUCGAUGCAAGAAGAGAUUUAUCACACCUUCUUUCUGCAUACAGAGGUCACGUAUAAAUCGCUUGAUGCCAGUGUCCUCUGCAAAAUCAGGCGAAAAAUGAUUCUAGUAUAUAACAACUCACAAAAGGAAGACGUUAUGAGUUGGGAUUAGAAUGGGAGAACUUUUAGUAACCAUACUGAUGAGUACUUAUGCAAAUAGUUCUUUGAUCUGAAAUCUCAAGACUGAAAAGUUCAUAAAUCAUUUUGAAAUGUAUACAUUUCAACUUUCAGUUAGUCAUUUAUAUGCACUGUAAAACCCUGACACAUAUUUGCAUCAAUUCAAGUUGCCACACCAUAAUGGCACAGCGAGAUAAUAUUAUGAGGAAAAAUCCCAAAGUAUCACAAGUAGUGACAGUAUCAGUUGUAGUCGAAGGGAUUAGAUUUCUAAAAAAGGAAAAGGGUGCAAGAAGAUUUCAGGAAUCAGGUUCCAAAGGGAAGUCCUACUCACUGCCUUCUCAUGGCGGAGGUGUUGUUUACGAAAAUGAGAGGACGAAAAGUGAAUGUCCGGCGCCUUAAGCGGAUCCCAAAUCAAUGGUGCACAUGGGCCCCAGUAUCCUGAAGGAACAAAGGCGUAUGAACCAAUCGUUGGUCACCGGCUACCGUGGGAUCGCAUCUCCUCACGAUGCUCCACUGCCUUGUGAAUCAAACCUUUAGGUCAAAGGCUCGGGGUGUGGCCUUCUAAGAAAACCACCUGCUUCGGUUUGGGCACCCGGGCAGUAUCACAGCCCGCACACAUACAAAUAUGGUGUGGCGCAUAUAUAUUUGGUACCCUCUUGUACCAAUAAUAAUAAAUAAUGUUGUUCACCAACCCGCUUUUACACAGGACGAUACCAUUCAUAGGAGCGGGCUGUGAUUCAUCAUACGUAAUCUAUCUCUUAAUCACCUUAGUUUUUAAAGAUUUACAACCUCAUUAACUGGCUCGUCAUAUUUACCUAGCAUCCUAUGUUUAAUUUCAGAAUUUGUCACUUUGUGGUCCGAACGUUUAGAAAACAAUUAUAAUCGAGUUUUAAUUUUACUUGUUUUCCGUUUUAUUUUCGGCAGCAAACUAAUCACUUUCUCAUUUCCAUUUUGAAAGCCACUCAUGUUGAUCCCUGUUAUGCAAUCUUGUUAUGUUUUUUUUAUCAAUGUUAAGCUUCUUAGUAACUAAAUAUUGGUAGGUUUUGCGUAAUACGAUACAAGCUAUUCGUCAUCGCAUUUUGAAUUCUGCUCAAAACUCCAUACUCGCUAACUUAAACUUGAUGUAUUCGUCAAUAAAGUAUACUUUUGCCGUAUGUGUUAACUAAGGCUUCCUUAUUUAUAAGUAAGCAUUAUUAUCUCUAUUGUUUAUUGUGUACUGCGUGGCAUUAUACGAUACAAUACAACUAAUUAUUUUGAGUAAGACUUAUGAACAGGAUAAAUAUGAUUAAGAGCAAGAGUAUCGAUGGUAGAUUUCUCAUUAAAUGUCGUUGGAUGGAUGGCAAAUGCCAUCUGCAAAUUGUUAAUGAAUCACUAAACCUUGUAUACAAUAUUUUUAUUUGCUAUACCACUACUAUAUAUAUGUUACAAGUUUCUCUAUAUAAUUUUUUCUCAAGUUCAGUCAUUAUUCUUCCGUUAACUUGCAGUUUUUUAAUUGUCCCUGUUUUAAAGGAGGGCAAAAAACGAAUAUCACUUUCACCUGCUAAAUCAUGGUUCAGUUUUUUCCAUUCAUCAAAUACUGAAAAGGAUGAUAAGCAAACCUCUUCUGUUCAAAGUGAAAAUGGUCGUAACGCUAAUCAUUCAUCACUUCUGAAUCUAACAAAUAAUGACACUUCUGUUACAGAUAUUGAUUCUGAGUUUUCUACUGAACCUGUAUCUAUUUGGCGUUUCGCUGCUGUAUCUGCUGGUUUCAUGACAUGUGCUUCAAUUUUUGGUUUAGCACUUAUACUUGAAGCUGAAGUGCAUUCACCAAUCAUGGCAACAAUUCGUGGUCAUCCAUGGUUUUUAGAUUUUGAUUCUCGUUUUUAUCGACCUAUGCGAUCUGCUCUUCUUGGUUUCUGGCGUCGUUAAUAAUAUCUACCUAAUAUACUUAGCUUAUUUGUUUAGGUAGCAUAUUUGUCUAACCUUGUUUUUUUCUUCGUUUAUUUGUUGUGGUUUCUUUUUUAAUAGGAUAGUAUUUUUUUGUAUAGAUUUUUUUCAUUUUCCAGCUUAAAUGUAAAAUGUUUCAAGGUCUACAGUUCAAGUUUACAUAAUCCACAUAUUACGUGAUAUUUGUUGUGCUUUUAUCUUUCUUUCCAGUUGUCAUUUCUGUUGUUGUCCUUUUUGUUUUUUUUUCCUUGACUAUAAUUUUUAACUUGGGUUUUUUCUUUUAUCAUUAUAUUCAUUUAUUUAUUGUGUGUUGUUACUAUUAUUAUUCAUAUUGCUACAACUCACUCAUUGUAAUGAAAUUCAUCAUUUUCGGUGUUCUUGAAUAAUAUGUCAUUAUUGUUUUCAUCUACUCGGAUAAUAUCUACAUAUAUAUAACGUGUUUUGAAUUUUUGCUUUCGAAGUUUUCGAUUUCAAUGUUGAUUUGAUGGUGAUGAUCAGCUUUCGUGGUAAUUUCACCCUUUCUAACUUUUAGCAUAAAAUCAAUAAAACUGUAUACUGUAAACAAACCAUUUUAAACAGUGGAUUUACGGUAGAUAUGUGCAGACAAUGAAAAUUCAUCAGUAGUAUAUUGUUCUGUUUUCUCCGUCAUUGUCAAAUUGCUUAUUAUUUAUCACUGACCUUUUCUCAUUUCACUAUAUUUUCAUCCAUUAUUUGUUAAACCCUUUAUAGUUUUUAUUACAAAUUACUGCAUUUCACUACAAUUUGAAUUACUAUAAAAAUAUAUAUGUGCCUAAAUAGUAUUA